CUUUUUCUUUUAAAAAAAAAAAAGCGUUGCAGAGGUACGUGAAACUUUUACUGAUCAUGGCAGUGGCACUGAACCUCCCUCUUUGGAGGCACUCUACCUGAGAGUAGUGUGGAGGGAACCAACGGCCUGUGGGCAGACGUCAUGGCAGGAUCGAGCCAGCCUCUGCUUGAGCUCGGCGAACGCCCUGUGGUUCAGCUCGUCCCACCCGGAUGGUGGCUUUGCUUUACAGUGGAGCUGCGUGGGUUUCCCAGGCCUCCCCUUCAGCUCUGUUGGCUUUGAAAGAGGACAGACCUGCCUUGGAUAUGAGUCGCUCUGCCGCAGACCCACCGCCACCGCCACGAGAGGGAGCGCCGGCAGAGACGUCGGCCCCGAUGCCCCCCCAGGGGGACGGCGGGGCGGCCGCGGCCCUGGGGGUCAUCACGGAAGGCGUGGGCGAGCUGGCCGUGAUUGACGCCGAGGUGGCCCAGAAGGCCUGCCGGGAGGUGCUGGAGAAGGUCAAGCUGAUGCACUGCGCCGCGCCGGAGGGGCCCCUCCGCGCACAGGACCGCACGGGCGGGGCCCGGCGGCUGGGCCCGGCGGGGCUGAACGGCGAGUGCUGUGAGAUCAAGUGCCUGGACGACCCGCCAGGCAAGAUCUGGGAGGAGGACGAGCCGCCCCCCAACUCGGUGAAGGGCGUGCGGCGGCGCCAGAGGAACAACUCGGCCAAGCAGUCCUGGCUGCUGCGCCUCUUCGAGUCGAAGCUCUUUGACAUCUCCAUGGCCAUCUCCUACCUGCACAACUCCAAGGAGCCCGGCGUGCAGGCCUACAUCGGGAACCGGCUCUUCUGCUUCCGCAACGAGGACGUGGACUUCUACCUGCCGCAGCUGCUCAACAUGUACAUCCACAUGGACGAGGACGUGGGGGACGCCAUCAAGCCCUACAUUGUGCACCGCUGCCGGCAGAGCAUCGACUUCUCCCUGCAGUGCGCCCUGCUGCUGGGCGCCUACUCCUCGGACAUGCACAUCUCCACCCAGCGCCACUCCCGCGGGACCAAGCUGCGGAAGCUCAUCCUGUCCGACGAGCUCAAGCCAGCCCCCCGGAGGAGGGAGCUGCCCCCGCUGAGCCCGGCCCCCGAGGCCGGGCUGUCCCCCUCCAAGAGGACUCACCAGCGGUCCAAGUCUGAUGCCACCGCCAGCGUCAGCCUGGGGAGCACCCUGAAGCGCACCGCCAGCAACCCCAAAGUGGAGAGCGAGGACGAGGAACUGUCAUCGAGCUCCGAUGAUCUCGAUAGAUCAUUUUGUUCCCCCGUCCGGCUUGCCCCCGAGCGAGAGUUCAUCAAGUCGCUGAUGGCCAUUGGGAGGCGGCUGGCAACGCUGCCAACCAAAGAGCAGAAGACCCAGCGGCUGAUCUCAGAGCUCUCCCUGCUGAACCACAAGCUGCCCGCCCGGGUCUGGCUCCCCACAGCCGGGUUUGACCACCAUGUGGUGCGAGUCCCCCACACCCAGGCAGUGGUCCUCAACUCCAAGGACAAGGCUCCCUACCUGAUCUACGUGGAAGUACUUGAAUGCGAAAACUUCGACACCACCAAUGUCCCGGCCCGGAUCCCAGAGAACCGGAUCCGCAGCACACGCUCAGUAGAGAACCUCCCCGAGUGUGGCAUCACGUACGAGCAGCGCGCCAGCAGCUUCACCACUGUGCCCAACUACGACAACGAUGACGAGGCCUGGUCCGUGGACGACAUCGGGGAGCUGCAGGUGGAGCUCCCCGAGAUGCACACCAGCAGCUGCGACAACAUCUCGCAGUUCUCUGUGGACAGCAUCACCAGCCAGGAGAGCAAGGAGCCGGUUUUCAUCGCCGCCGGAGAUAUCAGGCGGCGCCUCUCAGAGCAGCUGGCCCACACACCCACGUCCUUCAAGAGGGACCCUGAGGAUCCGUCAGCCGUCGCCCUGAAGGAGCCCUGGCAGGAAAAAGUGAGGCGGAUCCGAGAGAGCUCCCCCUAUGGCCACCUCCCCAACUGGCAUCUGCUCUCCAUGAUCGUCAAGUGCGGGGACGACCUCCGGCAGGAGCUGCUCGCUUUCCAGGUUCUCAAGCAGCUGCAGGCCAUCUGGGAGCAGGAGCGGGUCCCCCUGUGGAUCAAGCCGUACAAAAUCCUGGUCAUCUCGGCUGACAGCGGCAUGAUCGAGCCGGUGGUCAACGCCGUCUCCAUCCACCAGGUGAAGAAGCAGUCCCAGCUCUCCCUGCUGGAUUUCUUCCUGCAGGAGCACGGCCAGUACACCACCGAGGGCUUCCUGACGGCCCAGCGCAACUUCGUGCAGAGCUGCGCCGGCUACUGCCUCGUCUGCUACCUGCUGCAGGUGAAAGACAGGCACAACGGCAACAUCCUACUAGAUGCGUACGGGCACAUCAUCCACAUAGAUUUCGGGUUUAUCCUGUCUAGCUCUCCCCGCAAUCUGGGUUUCGAAACCUCGGCCUUCAAACUCACCACCGAGUUCGUUGACGUGAUGGGCGGCAUAGGGGGGGACAUGUUCAACUACUACAAGAUGCUGAUGCUCCAAGGCCUCAUCGCCGCCCGCAAGCACAUGGACAAGGUGGUGCAGAUCGUGGAGAUCAUGCAGCAAGGUUCCCAGCUGCCCUGCUUCCACGGCUCCAGCACCAUCCGCAACCUGAAGGAGCGCUUCCACAUGAGCAUGACGGAGGAGCAGCUCCAGGUGCUGAUCGAGCAGCUGGUGGACGGGAGCAUGCGCUCCAUCACCACCAAGCUGUACGACGGGUUCCAGUACCUGACCAACGGCAUCAUGUGACGGAGGGCCCUGCCGGCCUCCCCCCUCCGGAACCGAACCUUCCCCAUCCUGCGGCCCUGCUCCUCCUCCUGCUCCUCCCGGCCCAGGGUCCAAGAUGCACCGGACGCCGCUUUGGAUGGGCCUCUGCUGGGCUUAGAAAACGGGGGCGGGGGGCGGCCACUGAAGCGAAACCAAGAGGAACUUUGGACUGUGGGGACGCGGGACGCUGACGGAGCAAAGGAUCGUGCGGAAGGACCUUGUCGAGAUUUGCCUCCCGGGGAAGGAAGGGACGCAAGGGACCUCAGAACCGUCGGGGGUGGGUCUGCCCCUCCGGACCUUUUUUAUUUCAGUAUUACCCCUCUUCGUGUCCUCUUCCGCUGGCUUCCCAGCCGCCCCGCCAGCGUUUUGGGGGCUCUGGGAGGAUGGACUGGGAACAGGGGAGCCUUUGCUGGGAAGGCCACCUGCUUCUGAGCGCCUUCUGUUUUUAUGGCUCUUCCUCCCCCUUCCCGUGUGCGGUUGGGGGGCAGCCCCCUUCCAGACUCAUGCAUGGUGAGAGAGGGUGUGUAUACAUGUGUGUUCCUCGUGUCACUAAUUAAGGCCCCCGCCCACCUGUGCCCUCUUUCCUCCCCGCACAAUUGAACGCCGGGUGUCAGCAAGGAUGUUGCACGCCGGACCUUCCCCUCCCGCUUCAGCUGCCGGAGGGCCCGCCCAUCCCUGCCUGAAGCACAGCUCCGGCCUUCCUCGGACUGGGGCGUUGGCACAGCGUCCUGCUUUGCGUAGAAGUCUCCCGGCCCCUUCCCCUCUCGGUGGGGUUUAGCCUGGCACCUUUGAACUGCUGCCCAUUUUGUGUUUACACCGUUUAUGCCAAGGGAUGGGGAAAGGGUGGUGAAGCUGGCAUGCAGAUGAUUUCUCGGCUGGGGCUGCCUUCGAGCCCCCCCCCUGCCCGGUGCUGCUGCAGGAAUUCAGGCCAGUCUGUGGAAAAUUCCCUGGUGAGCAUCACCCCCUUCGGCUGGGACAUGCUCCGUGUCCUUCCCCUUGGGAGGGCCCUUCAGACCCCAAGAUUCCCACGCCUGCCCUCGGCCAAACCAGCUUCCUUUUCCCUCUGUGUGCCUCUAGGUUUGGUCCCAGUGGAAUUGAGCAGAAAAGCCCCCCCCCCUCCAGGAGCCAUGUCCCUUUACAGACAGAAUCCCCCCCUUCCUUGCCUUUGGGACCGUGGAAAAGGGUCUCCCCAACCUCCAUGCAGAACGCCCCCCUUGGUUCCUGGGAAACGUGAAUGCAGAAGCAGCUUGCAAUGUGAAUUUCAGGCAUGGCUCUGCCCUUACAGGGAGGUGUCCCUUUGCAAUUCCUCACCCGUGGGGGGGAGAGAUACACUUUGUUGAGCCUUUGAUUCACUGAAAAUGUGACUGUUUAUUUGGUCCUCUGCGGCCCAAAGAAAGCCCACCGCAGUUUGAAAUUCACGCUGGCCAGCGCUGAAGUGCAGCGGUAUACCAAGACCAGGGGAAUUUGUGUGUCUGUUUUCCCAUCUUCUUCCCUUUCUUGUCCAGUCUUCCCCUUUCUGAAUAUGAACUUUUUUUCACACUGUA